AUGCAAUCCAUAUGUUUCUUUUUCUCCAGGCAUACGAUAUUUGCAAGCAACACUUCAUCCUUGCAAAUCACGCAGUUGGCUAACUCAACCACGAGGCAGGACCGAUUUGGUGGUCUCCAUUUCUUCAAUCCUGUGCCUAUGAUGAAGCUUGUGGAGGUCAUCAAGACUCCAAUGACUAGCCAAAAGACUUUUGAAUCACUUAUGGAUUUCAGUAAAGCAGUAGGAAAGAGUCCUGUCAGUUGUAAGGAUACGCCAGGGUUUAUUGUAAACCGUCUCUUGGUGCCAUACAUGAUGGAAGCUGUUCGACUUUUUGAGAGAGGAGAUGCAUCAAAGGAAGAUAUUGAUGUUGCUAUGAAGCUUGGGGCUGGCUAUCCCAUGGGUCCAUUUGAACUGCUGGACUAUGUCGGGCUGGAUACCAGUAAAUACAUUAUAGAUGGAUGGCAUUCAUUAGAGCCCAACAAUCCUCUUUUUGCACCCAGCCCACUCCUGAAUAAACUGGUACAAGAAAAGAAGCUGGGUAAGAAGACCGGAGAAGGAUUUUACAAAUACAAAUGAACUCCAAGCUUUGAGAAGUGUUAAACUAUUCAGUGUAUGCUAUUCAGCAUUGCCAUAUUACAGGUGAAUUCUGGUUUAAACCUUCCCAAGGACAGCACAAACUGCAUUUAGAACGUAACCCACCUCUGAACUGAGUGAUUGGACUAGUUAACUAUUUUUCUGGUGAAAGCUUGAUUCAGUAGAUUAGAUUAUUUCUUUCUUGUAAUUCUGAAAAGCUUUAUAUGUACAGUGCCUUCAUGCAAAUGUUGAUUUUUCAGGUGCAGAACAGAAUGACAAGUGAAUUUAUGUAUUCAAAACAUUAUUACAUUAAUGGGAAAAAUCCUAAAAAUAACCACACUUUCUUAAGAAUAAAAUUUUCAGCAAUUCUG